AUGAUUGAUACACGAGGUUCUCCUGAAAAGAAAAUUGAACAUAUAUCCAGGAAUCAGGAAAACAGCACUGCAAACGCCAUCAAGAAUAGAAAAGCAAGCCCAGUACCUAAAGACCACCGGACUGGAAAGAAAACCUCAGAUAAUUUGUCAGUACACGGUCAGGUGCCAAAGGCGAAUGAUGAAUCUGAAAGUGAUUUUGAAUCAGACCCCCCUUCUCCUAAGAGCAGUGAAGAGGAGGAGCAAGAUGAUGAAGAAGUUCUCCAGGGAGAACAAGGAGAUUUUAACGAUGAUGAUACUGAACCGGAAAAUCUGGGUCACAGGCCUCUCCUCAUGGAUUCAGAAGAUGAGGAGGAGGAAGAGAAGCACAGCUCGGAUUCUGAUUAUGAGCAGGCCAAAGCCAAGUACAGCGACUUGAGCCCCCGCUACAGAGACGGGUCUGGCAGCGGCCCGCUCCCAGAUUCUGGUGUAACACUCCUCGCGCCAGCCCAGUUCCCCUCGGAUGCUAGAGCCGAGGCUCCCAAGCCCGAGUUUGAUGUAUUUGGCGCUGUCCCCUUCUUUGCAGCGCGUGCGCAACAGCCCCCACAGGGCGGCCAGGGGAAGGACCUCUCCCCUGGGCCCCGGCUUCCUGCAGGGGGACUCGAGCCGGAGGAGUUUGAUGUCUUCACCAAGGCGCCUUUCAGCAGGAAGGUGACCGUCCCCGCCUGUCCCCAGAGUGUCGAUAUCUUUGGGUCGACUCCAUUCCAGCCCUUCUCCACGGCCACGAGCAGAAGCGACAGCCACGAGGACCUUUUUGGGCUGGUGCCCUUUGAGGAAAUAACUGGGAGUCAGCAGCCAAAAGUCAAACAGCGGAGUUUACAGAAACUGUCCUCCCGCCAGAGGCGCACGAAGCCGGAGGUGGCCAAGAGCAACGGGAAGCGGCAUCACGGCACCCCGACGGGCGCCAAGAAGACGGCCAAGCCCGCCUACCGCACCCCGGAGAGGGCCCGCCGGCACCGCCGGGUGGGCCGCCGGGACUCCCAGAGCAGCAACGAGUUCCUGACCAUCUCGGACUCCAAGGAGAACAUCAGCGUCGCUCUGACGGAUGGCAAGGACAGAGGGCACGGCCUGCAGCCCGAGGAGAGUCUGCUGGACCCCUUCGGGGCCAAGCCCUUCCACCCCCCAGACCUGCCAUGGCACCCCCCUCACCAGGGCCGGAGCGACAACCCCGUCCUGCCCGGGCGAACUCGUGGUGCAGAGCAUCCCUCCACAUCAGUCCCAACAGCCCCAGCCAGUUGA